AUGGUCUCUCAGUCCAGUUCUGAAGCCUACACAAACGUGGGGAAGACUUCAGAUUUGACAGCUGUCCAAAAGGCGACCAUCGUCAGUAACAAGGAGGGCAAGACACAAAGGUUAUUGCUGAAGAGGCUGGCUGUUCUCAGAGCCCUGUGUCCAAACACAUUAAUGGAGAGGCAAAGGGAAGGAAAAACUGGAGUUCUUCAAAUGGAGUGUCAUGAUCGUUACUUCAUGAUAGCUGUUGAUCUCGCCGUCACUGGAGAAGAUCCUCACUUUGAGGCUGUUGACAGGACAGGUGUGUAUGCCCUCACUGCACAGUAUGCAGCAGCGUGUGGCUACACCCUCAGCGUUCUCACUUUCCUGGGCCUUGUGGAGCUCAGAGCCUCUUACUUCAGCUGUCACACAGAAAAGGAAGAUGAUGGGUACACAUUCAGUUUUAACCUGAUCACAACUCUUAAUGGUGAGGACACCAGCUUUGGAUUGAACAAGACCUGUUUUCCCCAACUCCCCUGGUCUCCCAGGGAGGUUUCUUGUGAGGUCAACUACAUGGAAGUUUCUGUGCAGGGUGAAGUUGGGUGCUUUGCAGGGAUGAGUGACUGGAACCUUCUCAGACCUAUGAGCAGCUCCUCCUCAGGCUGGCAGGUGAUCUUUCAAAAACCAGAUGAGCAGGUGUUGCCCAUGAACUUGUCUAAGGCUUAUGAGCAGGAUUACAUGUUUGACAUGAAGCAUGGGCGGAUCGUAUUUCGUACACCGUAUGGACAACCUGACUCUAAUGUGUCUGUGCAGGUGAAUGGUGUUCCAGUAGAGGUGGUCCAUGCCAGUGUGUUCUCCAGACAAAGCUGGGUUGUCCUCAUGGUUGAUCUAGUGGCUGCUUGCUCUACAUAUGAAGCUUCACACGAUGGUGGCUACAUGACAUGGGAGACCCCAGAAGCUCUGUAUCCCAGUCUUGGUGACUCACAGAUCAGUGUGGGACUAAAUGGUGACUUUGUGGAGCAGGCAGCUACAGAGCAGAGAGGCUUCAUGAAGAAACACAACACCACAAUCCACAUUGGUAUCCCAUAUAAUGCUGAGGGAGGGUACAAGAAGAGCUUUGUGAAGGGUGCCAUCUUCGAGUUCUACAUCUUCCAUUUCUACUUCAAGCAAGUGUUGAUAGAUGAGGAUUACAAAGAGACCGUGAUCAGAUGUCACAGGAUUGUGGUUACUCCGCUACUGCCCUGUGAGCUUGUCAUUGAAGACAAAACCAUCCUGGAAGAGGGAAUUUUCACCAUCUACCUUGGGCAUAUCCCUGUAGAUGUGGCCUUGACCUCAGUCCAGUUGAAUGGGCAUGACUUUAGUGUGCCCUUCAGCAAUGAAAGCAUCAUCCUCACAGAAGCGGCUGAACCCAACAACACCCACAGCUACACUCUGAAGGUGCCCUUUGACGACCCAGUUGUCGUACAGGAGUUCUCCAGGGAACAUGCAGCUAUGUUGCACAAGCUGGACAUCAACUACACGCUGACUAUGCCUGGAAGUGAAUCUUACUACCACACAGCAUCAUCUGUGGCACUACUGGAUGUCUCUCCUCCAGUCUUUGAAAGCAACUGCACAUCAUCUGGCAUCAGCUUCAAGCUUGACUACCGGCCUUUUGACUACCUGUGGGAGAUCAGCAUCGGUUCUGACCUGCUAACGUCAGCACUGGCGGCUGAGCGUGGCUACAUCAUGACCAACAAUAGCCAGACGCUGCUGCUUGAUGUUCCACUCUUCACUCGUGGCUAUGAAUACAGGGUGAGGGCAAUAGACCUGCAAGUGUGCUCCACUGAUGGGACGAUGACUGUGGUGGCUGACCUGUCCACAAUCAUCCCAAGUGGGCGGAUCCCAGCAAGUUUCCACCUCAGGAACGAACACUGUCAAGCCAAAGAAAGUAAUGGUAGCAGAGUGCUCUUCUCUUUCCCAGUCAACAGCUGUGGUGCCGUAGUCAAGCCUCAACACGAUUGCUUUUGCUUCUGA